AGCUCUUCCGCGACUGGCAGUCUUCAAGAACAAAGACUUGGUCAUUGUUCCCAAGAACACGGCAUGAUCCACAAUUUCUAUACCAAGGCUUUCAUACUAAAUCCAAGGGGUAUAUUUGGCCUUGGACGCGUCCAGGUUGAUGAGAGAAGUCCAUUCAAUCUUCUCCCCUGGUCCAUAGCAAGGGACCUCGAUCUGAUCCUGUAUUCCGAUAGGAUAUCGGCAAUAAUGGAUGAUUGCCGACCACCGUGUUCAGACCAACCAAUACUGCCAGUUCACCAUUCGAGUAGCGGGCCUUGACACGACGAUUAAUGCUGGCGUGAUCUCCGGGCUAAACACAAGAAAUCCCGCGACAUUGCAAAGUCGCAACUAGAUAAAAACUCUCACGGCGCCACCUACUUCUUGGAUCGUAAUGCAUUAGGGGACCCGGCAUUCGAUAUGUGCCAUCAACAGUCAGAGCCUAAUGGGGAGCAAGCAUUCUCCAGUUCCUACCACACGGACAGCCAGGAGCAUUCUGCGCUCAGCCCCGCCAAGUCCCAAACGAAUGGAGUGCAGACUGCAAUGACGAAGCGUCAAGCCAAAGACCUUGCCAAUACCUUGAACGAUAUUAGCCGGACUCAAGCUGGUCAGAGUUUCAAAGCACCGGUCGAGCAGCUGUGGCCUGGUUGUGCGGACGCAUAUGCUGCUAAGAUUCCUAACCCGGUUGACCUCAGCAUUAUCGAGUUGAAGGUGAAGAAUAAUGCAUAUCAAUCUAUGGAUGACUUAAGAGCCGACGUUAUUCUUCUCUACCAAAAUAGUGUAGACUUCAACGGUAUCGAUCACAUAGUCACCAGCGCUGCUCUUGAAGUUCGAGACACGAUCCUCAAAGCAAUUAGUGACAUGGAGGAAGGCAAAUGGAGCACGAGGGCGUCAGUCAGAGGUGUAUAGGUGUUUGGGAGAUGGUAUUGCGGAGUAUCCACAGGCUGUGGAGCUAAAAAAGCUCUUCCACAGGCUGUGGAAUACCCAGCGCAUCUUGCCAAAAUCUUUUCGGGCGUUGAUAAACUUUUAUUUAUUGUCAGGUUUCUGUGUUCUAGGCUUCAUGUUGACUUUACUCGGAUUUUGGUGAUGAGGGCUGAUUUUAUUCUGUUCAAAUUUGCACCUACCUGUUAUUUUGUUUUUCAAUAGAUACAUCAAUUACACCAUUCAAGACCUUAGUACCU